AUGAAUAACCUGUGCAAUUCAAGAGAAUCAUUUAAGAUUAUGGAAUGGGAAACUUCUUAUUCCACAUUUAAAAUAACAUCAGCUUUUAGAACAUCUACAACGUUUACUGGCAACAAUUGUACGAGCCAUCAAAUAAAUAUUUAUUUUGUUUGUGGAACUAAUCAAAUCCGUCGAUAUACAUUAAUUCAGUCAAAUGUAUUACACUUUGAAGAAUUAGGUAUGAUUUGCAGUUUUUGGAGAGAAGAAGAAUCGACCUCAAAAUAUCGGCCAAAUACUUGGGUUCAAUUAAAUAAUCUGCCAUAUGAUAAACAAACUAUACAUCCAGGUUUGAUUGCAGCUUCUCGUCUGGCAUUAUUUUCUAACUACUUAUCCUCAACUGAUGGUUACAGUUUAGUCGCAGCCAACGUUCAACAUGAAGCUGCACCCGAUCUAAUAGGACCACAGAUUUACGCGUUUGGUCCUAAAGGUCAGUUGAGUGAUGCAUUCAAAAAGUCUGAGAAAUUACAACAAUAUGAUUGCAAUUAUCAUUACAACAUUACAUCGAAAAGAAAAUUAACCAAACAAAAUAGUCAGUUUUUUGAUGGCUGGCGAUCAAACUCUUAUUCCAAAUUAUGGUUUGGUGAAAAUGUACAGUUUCUCUCAAUUAACAAUGUAAAUUCCAAAUAUUUCUACAUUAUAUUUACUGAACAAGAUAUAAGUGCACCGUAUACUGCCUACGAAGGAUCAUUACCUAGUGAUAAACCGCUUGUUAUGAGAUCUGAAGGUCCUGAGUUUAGCCCUCAGCUAGAUCAUAAAUGUAUACUUUCCACACCAGAACUUUCAAAUCAACAUAAAAAUAGUGAUAAUCUUUCUAAUAUCGGGAGCACAAUAACACGAAUUGGUCGAGUAUGUCAACAUGAUCCAGGUUCAAAAUUAUCAGCAUCAAUUUUACCAAAUGGUGGUGGAGUAUUCACAACUUUUCGAAAAACUCAACUUGUUUGUCGUGCAUAUUCAUCUGAGUCUGUUCAUCAACGAGAAACAAAUCAUCAUCAGAGCUAUGAUAAAUUCAAUGGACAAGAAAAUACUAAAGAUGGAUAUUUCAAUGAACAGAAAAUAACAAAUGAAAAAAAUUAUUUAGAAUUCAAUCGAGCGAUUGCUGUUAGUGAGAUUGUUCCAACAGGUGAUAUGACUGAUCAUGUUUUCUACGCUCUUAUGACUACAACUGAUUCGAUCUCUGGUCUAUACGCAUUAUGUGCAUUCAACUUGAAUAGUGUAGAUCAAAAUUUAAACACUGAUCAUUUGAUCAAAUUUAAACAAUCAAAUAAUGCAUACAAUGGUUUAUCUCGUAUGGUAUGGAGAGAUAAUAAUAACAAUACUGAAACAAAUUCAUCAUCAACCCAUUAUAGUUAUUAUAAAUAUACAUCCAAAUGGACUGUAGAUGUUGUUUCACCGUCAAAAAUGACAAAAGAAAUAAUGAGAACUUCUAAAGAAUGUCCAUCACAGUCACUGCCUGAUUAUUAUUCACAAUUUGCUACAUUACAUCCAUUAGUUGGUACAAGUGUAUGGGCUUUAAAUAUGAUAAAUGCCGUAGAAAAUCAAACAACCACAACAACAAAUGAAAGCAUUACUCUAUUGAAACAACCUGGUAAAGCAUUGAAAAUAUUUACAAUGAAUGAUUUAAGUAAUGAAACAAUAAUAUCUAAAGAAAUACCAAUUGAUUUCAAAGUACAUUGGGCUAAUUCAAUUCAAGAUAAUAGUGAAAGUGAUAUUAUUCAUAUGGUUACAAAUCAAAACAAAAUCUUCACUAUUGAAACUGGUAUUAAAUUAAAACAACAAAUUGUGUAUCAUCGAAAUUUCAAAUUUCAAUUAAAUUCAAAUAUUUUAAAUACAAUCAAUUAUUUUAUAAAAACAAAUAAAAAUAAAACAUUUCAAAUAAUCGAUCAAUUUACAAUCAUCAAUGAUAUUAAUAAUAAUAAUUAUAUAAUACAAUCUAUUUAUAAAUGUAAUAUAAGUAGUAUGUUAUCAGUAAGUAUGAAAUUGAUUCAUACUAAUAAAAAAACCGAAAAUUCUAUAAAUACAAAUCAAUUAAAUGAGAAAAUAUUAAAACAAAAUAAAAUGAUCCAUUUUUAUCCUAAUAAAAUAUUAUGUGAUACUUAUUUCUUAUGCAAAAAUUGUCAGUUAAUUAAUAAGCAUUAUUGCAAAUGGAAUGAUGACAAUCAUAGUUGUUUGUUAAAUGACCGCUCUGUACGUUCUUCGAUUAUUCGCUUUUCAAUGAUUUUCUUAGAUUAUAAUAAAUUUUGGGCAUUAUUGAGGGAAACACAUUCGAAAGCUGAUUUUAUUGAAUUUCAGAAUUAUGGCAAUUCUUCAUAUUCUCAACUUAAAUCAAUGGAUUCUAAUUUAUAUCGUUUUUGUAAUAAUGAUAAUUAUGAUGAUGAAGUUUACAUUAACCAACCGAAACGAUAUCAUCUACUCCGUAGUUUUUCAAAUGAAUCUAAUGCUAACAAUAUUAUAUCAAAAAGGCAAAUUACAGAGGUGAAAUUCCCCAACGAUGAAUUAGUGAUUAUUCAUGAACCAACACCGUCAAUGAUUAAUACAAAAACAAUAAAAUAUAAUAAACAUAUGAAUGCUAAUAAUCAAAGUCAUGGUAAUCAUAACGAAACUGAAUUUAAUUAUAAAUCAUUAUAUAAUCAUAUAUUCAAUGGUAUUCUUAUAUUAUCUAUUCUUAUUAUAUGUAUACCAUUAAGUAUAAUAUGUGGUUACUUAAUAGGUAACAAAAAUUACUUAAAACAAUAUACAGUAUAUAAUAAAGUGAAACGUCUGUUACAUCAUCAUCAACAUCAACCGAACUAUUAUCGUUCCUCUUCAGCUUCUUCAUUCUCUUCAUCUACUUUUCAUAAUCGAUAUAAUCCUUACAUUGAUCUGUCUAAUGAUCAACUUGAAAUGUUUCAUUCCAACUGUAAUGAACAUCACUAUCAUCAGAAUUAUUGUCAAUGUAGUCAGCAAUGUCUUCAAAAAACUAUAAGUGGUAGGAACGAAUAUGCUAAUGAUAAAAAUAAUAAAGGGGAUUUUGUAAAUUCACAGAACCAUAGUAAUAAUAUGAAUACUAUUGCUUCUAAUAAUAAUAAUAAUAAUAAUAAUAAUAAGACAGUGAGGAUUCUGCAAAAUUUAUUAGAAAAACGUAAUACAACAAUACAUGGCUGCUUUUAUUAUCAUUAUAAUGAUGAUGAUCAAUCAAACGAAACAUCAAAUGAAAUUAUGUCGAAUAAAUACAUUCUAAAACCAAAUCAGCAAUCAUCAACAAGAACAACAAAUAAUGUACACUUAUAUUAUACUACUGAUAAGCAUACAAAUAGCAUUGAUAAUUAUAUAAAAUCUAGGCAUAUAAAAGUAAAUCCAUUAAUUGCCGUUAGUGUGAUAAGUGAGAAUUUACCACAUAAAAACACAUUUACACGUAAUUCAACUAAAAUCUCAUCAUUAGCAUCAGCGUCAUGUUUUUCAUCAUUACAAACAUCGAAUACAACAACAUCAGUAACAGUAACAACGAACAUGUUUGCUUCUACAACAACAACUACUACUACUAUUACUACUCAAUUCACUUCAGCUUCUUGUUGUACACCAACACAAUCAUCUAGAUUAUUUCAGCAAAGAUUUCAAUCAUCUGUCGGAUUCAAAAGUCCUAAUAAUUAUUUAGUGACAAAUAAUAAUAAUUCUAAUCAGCAUUAUUACACUUAUGUAACAAUGAAAUCAUCUGGAACGGCUAUGGAACACAAUAAUGAUAGCAGUCGUUUGAAAUCUGAGAAUAGAUUAAGAACUAAUAAUGAUGGUGAAAUGUUUUAA